UUUAUUUAUUUAUUUAAUAAUUUAUUUAAUUUAUUCAACUAUUUAUUAACAAACUACAGAGAUAAAGAAUGACUUGUCUCGUUCAGAACACCACAACACCAUCAGUUGGCGACUCGAGCAGUGGUUCAGGCUGGGCCCCCCUGUAUGGGGGAGGGACACACCUAGACCAGGAGGCCAUCCAAUACAUACACAAGUUCUACUGCAAGGACUGUCGCAUGGAGGAGGAGAAGGCCAAAGCAGCUGCCGCAGCCGCAGGGGGAGACAGUCCUGAGGGGGGUGGGGACACCACAGAUACCCCUUCAGAACAACCUAUCAGUCCAGAGAUUCUGUUGGAGGAAAUGUCACUACAACAAAGCAUGGACAAAAAUAAAGAAUCUCUAAAGCGUAAGCUGCUGAUGAGGCGGUCUGUGACAGAGCUGGUCGAUCAGGGCAUUUAUCCUCCUCUGAAAACACCACCUGCAUUUGCGGAGCAGAGAAAACAUCUAGAACGGGCGAAGACUGGAGAUUUGUUACGCCACAAAAUCAUCCAUCGGCCCGAUCGCCAGCUGCUGGUACAACAACAUAUAUUAGAAGAUACAAAAAUAGACCCUUCUCUGCAUGAACGUCAACGUCUGUUGAAGCGUGCUCGACUUGCAGAUGAUCUCAAUGAAAAACUCCUUCACAGGCCAGGCCCACUGGAUCUAAUACGAGGCAACAUUCUAAAAACUGAGGAUGAAAUGCUCACAGAUGCUAUCACAGAUGGAGUUGUGCAGUUACAAGUUCCUGACAACAAAGAUUCCAAGUCUUACCAUUUUGUGUUUGAUGAUGACAGUAGUGAGGGAGCACCGUCUCCUUCCCAGACAGAGGAAUCUGGAAUGUCGGACAUCGGCAGUCCUCCAGUGGUGCCCCCAGCACCUGAUCCUCCACCACUACAACUUAAAUCACGACAGACAACUAUCACAACCCCUACAUUCAACAAGAUGCUCAAUACUCAAUCGAUUGCUGUUCUCAACACUCCCAUUACUUCCUUCACUGGAUCCCUGUCUUCAUCGUCAUCAUCCAAGAAUGGAAACUCUGGUAAUGGCAUUAACAAAGUCUCACGACAGAAAAAGUCAAAGCCAAAAACUUCAGCAAAGUCAAAAGUGAUCAAAUUUCAUGAAUACAAGGGACCGCCAAGUGCGUCUAAAUCGCAAGUGACGUCAACAGUGACAUCUACAUCGUCUUCUCCACAGAGUUCUGUUAGUACCACUCCACCGACCUCAGAAACCAAAUACCAUUGGAUGCUUCAACAACAACAGCUGUUUCUGCAGUGGCAGUUGGAAUUUCAGCAAAAGAACCUCCCGGUACCCGUCACUUUACUUCCACAACAGAAGUCAGAGACGAGUACAACUGUGUCACCGGGACACAGUGUUGCAGGAAGUGUUAUUAUCACCUCUGCUAUCAAUAGUCCUCCCUCAUUUGCCAGCAGUCCACCCACAGUGGUGCAGGCUCAGGGUGUGGUGCCAGCCCAAGGACUCCUGCCUCCUCAGAAUGUAGUUCCUGCCCAAGGGAUGUUAUCCACCCCCACGGUGGUGCCAGCACAAGGCAUGGUGCCCUCACAAGUAGCUACUACUGUAGUUUCAACAUCAUUACUGCAGUCUUCUACUGUUCCCCAUACUGUGAUAAAACAGCAACCUGCUCAACUUCAAACUGUGUCACAGCCUCCAGUUCAAAAAGUGCAACAGGUUCAAGUGCAAAGUGGACAUUCUAUAGUACAAAAAUCUGGGUCACAAGUACGUACUCACACACAUCCAGUGUCCCAAACUCACCACUCCAAAACUCAGAGCAAGUCCAAUCAUGUAGUGCAGAAACCAUUCUCUAACCUGGAGGACAUGAAAGUGGCUGAUCUUAAACUGGAACUAAAGAAAAGAAAUUUGCCAGUGUCUGGUCCUAAGCCUCAGUUGAUAGAAAGAUUGAAGCCCUAUGUCGAUGUAAUAAUUGGUGUGGCACAGGGAUCAGUGAGCACAAGUGUGGCAAAUGAUAAUGCAUCAUCUUUGGUAAAGAGACCUGUGCCAACAUUAGUGAAUGUUAAGUCUGUUCCUCUAACACCACUUGAGGAGACUGUGUGUAUGCAGUCUCCUCCCUGCUCCCCAAAGACAGAACAAAUCAUUACCACCACUCCACUUUCACCAGAAAUCAUGGACAUUGCUCAAUCAGCACUAAAUGCUCAGAAUAAGAGUGGAUCACUGACUUUGAGUCAGUCCUCCAUUCCUAUGGCGGUUGACAACUCCAGACCUCCGUCUGUAGCUCCUAUGGACAUUAACAUGGAUGUUGAUGGACCUCAGGAUAUUCGCAGAUUUUCUCCCACAGAUGUAAGUCAGGCUGUAACUCCACCAGUAUCAGCGAUUGUCACAUCGCCCAAGCCCCAGUCACAACCACAACUCCAAGCACAACCCCAACCUCAACCAGUGAAACAAGCCAACUCUCCGCCUGGAGCCACACCACAGAUCAGUAGUGAGAUCCUGCUACAACAACAACGGCGAAUUGCCCAGCUACAGAAGGAGUUAGAGGAGUCCCAGAUGAGACUUAAGCUGCAGCAGAUGCAACAUCAUCAUCUGCAGCAGCAGCAGCGACAUUUACAACAGCAACAAACAACAUACCCGACACAACAGCCAGCCUCACCACCACAGCUUUCCCAACAGCCAAACUCUCCUCCACAACAAGUAAUACAACAGAUAAUCCAACAACCAACCUCACCCCCACAAUUUAUACAGCCAAGCCCACAGCCAACCCCUCCUCCACAGAUCAUACACACCAUAACCUCUCAACCCAAUUCACCCCCAAUGAUCUUACAGCAGCCAAUAUCACCUCCUCAGUCAGUACAACAACCAAUUUCUCCUCCACAAUUAAUACAACAGCCUAUCUCCCCACCUCAACAGCCCUUGUCCCCUCCUCAGAUGCUGACCACGGUGAACUUGGGGGAUGGUAAGAUCUCUCCAAUACCUAACAGUGUGGGGAUAACCAAGUUGGUACAGAUCCCCUCUCAAUCUUUGCAUUCUAUGAUUGGUAACCCACCUGUGUUGACCACAGCCCAUGGUCUUCAGCUUGCACAUCAUGGAAUUCCUACUGUUAUGGUUGCCACAAGUUCAGCAUCUGACAACAAAAAACAAGGAACCAAACCAAAUCUCACAGAUUUCUUUAAAACCCAGUCGCUGCAUCAGAGUCUCAACAUUGUAAAACCUGGUACAUCUACUUCUGGUGCUGUGUUCAAACAGCCCACCUUACUAGUGACCUCUGGUGCCAAGACGAUAACACUGACUGCGCCACUCAACGGAUUAGCUACCACAAGGACAAGCUCCUUGCCAUCUUCUCCUGUAGAGGCCAAACUGUCAUUGGGCAGGACCAUGUCCAACCCAUUCUUUGUGCCACAGAAGGAACCUCCUAAGUAUGAUGAGGCUGUGAGGAAUAAACAUAACUCACAACAGGGAUCGGGAGCAACAGAGCUGAAUAAUGGUACAGUACCCAACAAAAUUCCAGUGAAAAGUCAAGCCAUGGACGAUGUUUUGGAGAUACUCAUCCGAACCGGGGAAUUGCCACCAAGUGCUGCGCAGGAACCUCCUCCAACACCAAAAACAACCACACAGACCGCUACUAUACCAAUUAGUGUGUCACAGUCGAGUGUCUCCAUGACAACCACAACCACCACAACUACAGUGGCAUCAUAUGCUGUGACUAGUUCAGAACAGUAUACUGGAUUGUCGUCUUCUUUCACUGUGACUGCUCCACAAGACACUGUGUCUGAUAAUGUCACAUUGCUGCUGAACAGCCCACAACAAGUGUCAUCACACUGCGUGAAGCAGGAGAGUUCUACACCACCUCCACUGAUGGUAGCCAAUGUGUUGUCACCAGACACAAGUACUCAUGACCUGCUGGAUAUAAAUGACUAUAUGUUGAACCAGGAUUUAAACUCAAUGGAUUGGACUUCUGACCAAUCCUUCACUUUAGACUUAAAUGACACAACUUCAAUGCAUAUGCAGACAGACCAAGAAAUGAAGUGUGAUGGAGUUAAUGACUUCUUAAAUGUGCCAUUGUUACAGGGUGGCAACAACAAAGUGGCACCCCACGGGUCUGAACCUGACCUGACGGGGCUGGGACUAACAGACCCAGACAACUGUGCUAAUAAUCAGAUGGAUGUGUCCGACUGGUUGGAUGUGAUCAUGCCCAGUACAGGGUUGACCCCACUCAGUGCUAAUCCACCUGUGUCAUUCCCCUCCGAUCCCAUCCUCACCCCCAAGACACAGCAGGAGGUACUAGAACUAUUCAACUUUGAUGAUACAGACUUCAACACUCCUACAGAUCUACACAGUGGUAUCAACUGGGAAAAAUUAACAGAAACAACAGGUUCUAGUUAGUAGAGGGUGUUAACGCUGGUCAUAAGAUUGUGGAGAGUCAACACUAGCUCUAGAGAAUGAAAAGAAUGCCAGUGCUGGCUCUAGAGAAUGAAAAGAAUGCCAGUACUGGCUCUAGAGAAUGAAAAGAAUGUCAGUGCUGGCUCUAGAGAUUGAAAAGAAUGUCAGUGCUGGCUCUAGAGAUUGAAAAGAAUGCCAGUGCUGGCUCUAGAGAUUGAAAAGAAUGCCAGUGCUGGCUGCUCUAGAGAUUGUAAGAAGUGUUAAUGCUGGCUCUAGUGAAUUUAAGGAGCAUCAGUGCAGACUCUAGAGAUUUUAGGUAGUGUAAGGGUCAGAUAAAACUGUAUUAAUAUGUUAUGAAGCUCAUAUUGAAACAAAAUUUCAACAAUGAAAUUUGAACAAAUAAUGAAUGUGGUGCUUAUUGUAAGUUUGGACCAAGACUUUCAAGUAAGACAGGUGCAGAAAUACAUUUUUUAAAAUCUUUUAUAUUAGAAAGGCAAGAUGGGGAAAGAUUUAUAUCUGAAAACUGUCAGAGGAAGAAAGAAAGCACUGCGUAUAUUCACCAGAUGGACUGAUAUCUUCAAAUAUAUACAGAUAUAUGUACAGAUGAAGCCAUUUGUUGUACAUACAAGUGAGCAUGGACAGUAAUUAUAUAAAUAAGCAUUUAGUUUUUUUUAAACAAUAAAAAAAAAAAUUGCAUAUUGAUAACUUAGCUAUUUGCAGUGCUGGUAUUGGUUUGUUGUAAGUGAUAUUGCAUUGUUUCCUUUUUUUGUGAAUUAGAUAAUUUUGUGAGAAGAGACUUUUCAGACCAUACACGUGUAUUUUUCACAUUACUAGUAGCACUAACACCAAAACUUUCUGGUUGAAUGUGUCCCCAUGUAAGAAUGUCACAUUAAUCAUUUGUCUGGUAAUUACAAUGCCUCUGUCACGUGUUGUGGGUCCAUUCAUAUCGGAAUGUUUAAUUUGCACUGAUUGUCUUCUCUGUGACAGAGCCACUGUGACUAGCAGAUUCUCCAGAAAACAUGUAUGUAAUUGUUUUAAUUUUUGUUUCAUUUUUCAACUCAUUGCUGUGUUCGAAUGCAUUCCAUCCCAAGAGAAAACAUUUUCCUUAUUUCUCCUAAAUUAAAUUAUUUAUUAAUAAAAAUCCUUAUUUAUUAUUUAAUAAAUCUUAUCCGCAAAGUGGAGCUACCAGACAAGUUUGUAAUAUUGGGGACCAUAUUUCAUACCAACAUGAACCAAGCAGUGUAAGCGUUUAUUUCCUGGAGCCGACUUUUGUUACCAUGGCAGCCAAUUUGAAUGAAAGUUACCCUUAAUGUCAGACAUGUGUCUCUGCCUUAACAGUAUGUAUUGUAAGUCCUUUCAUCUUCAAACUUUAAAAGAUAAUAUCAAGAAAUAUUUGUGGGUUUAAAAUGACUGCCAUGGUGUGAAAGUUUGAGCGGCUGCGACCAGACAUGUCGAGGGCACAGUAUCCAAGACCAUAUUUACAUGAGAAUUGCAUGCAUAUGUAUUUUUUAUAAAUAGGAGAAUGUGAAAACAUUGAUGCCUGGUUGAGAUAUAGAUUUAGCUAACUAUGUUGAUGAGAGUGAGAAUGAUCUAUAAAUACAUUGUAUUAUGUAGAUUUAAUGAAUGAAACCAUUAGCUUGAAGAAUCUCAAAUAAAAUUGAUAGGUAAGCACUAGGUAUUUGGACUCAUACAUUCCCCCAUUCCCUGGUACUACCACUUUGCAUCCAUUACCAUGGCGAUUGUAACCACUGGCCAAUCAUGGGGCACAUCACUUGUUAUCUAGAUCCAUUACCAUGGCGAUUAUAACCACUGGCCAAUCAUGGGGCACAUCACUUGUUAUCUAGACACCAGCCAAUGGCAAGCUUAGCAUUCUUCUCACUCCAUAUGCUCUCAAAGUGACAUUUUUCUUCCUGGUUCAUUAUUAAAAUUGAAAAUAUAGAUAUUUGAUAUUUCUGUGGCAUUGAGAAUGUGAUGUAUAUUCAGUGGGGUUCUCAUCAUGUGUCAAUAACAUAUGGCCCAACAUUACAGCGUUGACAAGUUUUUUUUUCGUCAAAUUUCUCUCCCUUCCAUUAUGUAACAGACACCUUUAGGCAGUCCUUUUGAAGUGUACUGUAAAACUGAAAUUUGCCAAGGUCAAAGGGACCACAAAAUAUAUUCCACUUAUCCAGGACUCGAUAAAGGUUCCAUUUUAGGACUUCUGUCAAGGGUAACCCCAUGAAAAUCCACGCAUGGUUAUGGCAUUAAUGCAGUUAUCUCCCUUUAUAAUCUUAAUUUAAAAUAUAUAUUAUGUUUUAUAACUUCACCACAGUACACAGAGCCAUAUAAGUGUGUGGUGCUGCCAGUGUGCAGUAAAUUAUAUAACCUUUAAAUGUGAUUUCAAACUUGUAGAUAAAAGUAGUGAUCAAAACAAAAUUUAGAUCUGUAAACACUUACUUCACCAUUCCUAGGUACUAGGGUUAACAUUACCUAUAGAUAUAUAUGGGAGGGGUGUCGUUGGAAUGGUAUUAGUAUGAAGCUCUGUAACUAUAUUUAUCAACUUUAUAAUUCUGCUGAUCAAAUAACUCAUCAAAUAGAAUUUUUAUGGUGUGUUUUAACAUAAAACAUUUUAUAGAUUUCCCGUAACAAUAAGCUCAAUAUAAUUGAAAUUUUAAAAUAUCUGUUUGAAAGAAUCAAAUUUCUUGUUGAUUUUUUUACCUUAGUACAGCAUAUGUUGUAGUGUUUGAACUAGAUCAUACCACAAUGCAGGCAAAUUCAAUUGAUUGUAGAUGGAUCAUGUUCACAUCUAAAAGAUAGAUAAGAAAUUUUAUAUCAGGAAAGGAUUCAAAUAGAAUUUUCUCAUUCAAAAUCUAUGGAGGUACUGAGAUGAUAAAAUCUAUUGUACAUAUAUACAGUUUCUAAUCCAGGUGUGUUACAGGUGUUAACUUGAGAUCUUCCUACAAAACUACCCAUGUUAUUUGUGUUACAUACUUGUUUUAUGUACUACAUCAAAGCCUAUACACAGUCAUUAUAGGUCAAGAGAUUGAGAUUCCCAUUUUUAAACAUUAAAGUAAGAUUCUUGUUGGGAAUUUUUGAGGCUCCAUGGUUUAUCAUAGAUUUAACUUCAACUGUUACAAUCAGGUUUUAAUUUCAACUAUUGGAAGAGGAUUUCAGGUUUUGAUUUCAAUCGUUUGAGAAUUUCAGGUUUUAAAUUCAAACGUUAGAGUGCUUAGGUUUUAACUACAGCUAUUAGAAGAAUUUAGGUUUUAAAUUCAGCCGUUGCAGGACUUCAUGUUUUUUAAUUUCAACUGUUAGACAAGUUUUGGUUUGAAUUUUAAUAUUUAAAGGACUUUGGAUUCAUGAAUUUUUUAGUUUUAUUUUACUUAUUUCAAUUUUGGUGAAAAAUAGCUGAAAAUAUUGUAAAUUUUUUUUACAUGUGUGAUGGUUCAGCACAGAGAAAGCUAUCUUAGUGUUAUAUUGUAGCAUUGUGGUUAAUUACUUAUUUUACUCAUUCACAUCACUGUAAUUAUGCAAAUUAGGCAUCUUCUAUUGUUAAAAAUACUGUUGAUUUCUUCUUUAUUCCUAAAUGGAUGAUAUUGUCUUUCACUGUUGAAUGAUAUUAAGAAAAUUUUGUGGGAAAAGACUGUACUGUGUUCAGCGGUUUCACUGAAUCACCAAAGAAAUUAAUACAGUGUAUUAUGUUGUGUUAAGAUAAUUCUUGCCGUUAAUGAAAUGAUGGGAAAGCCUAAAAUCAUGUAUAUACUGUAAGCAAACAGAAACAUGUGUAGGAGAGUGAAAUAGUAAAAUUUUAUGUAUAAAUAAGUAGUUAGGUUUGAGUUUAAUGAAUCUGAUUAGAACCCAGUGAUAAAUAUUGUUUAGAGAUAAAUCUGAUUAGCACCCAGUGAUAGAUAUCCUUUACUUUAGAGAUAAAUCUAUGGCCUUCCUCACUGUGUGUCUAUAAACACUUGCUUAGGAUGAAAACUUCUCAUCACUCAGGGAGACUUCAGGUUUAUAUGAUUAGUAGUAUCAGUUUUGAAAAGUGAAUUAAAAUUCAUUUUGAAGUUUUACAUUAACAUGGUUAUAUAUGAUAAAAGUAGGACUGUUGAUCCUGUAUCGUAUAAGAAACUGUUUGAUCAGGUAUUCAAUAUGUAAUAAGAUGUAAUUAGGCCAGCAGACAUACAUACAGGUGAGCACUGGGGGCAUUCAGUGCUGACACUGUUAAGGGGACAUAAUGACUCAACAGGUAGAUAACAGCUGAAAUCGAAAUUCAUUUGAAGACCACAAUUCCUGUGUUUAUCACCUGUUAACAGUAAAAGAGGAAGGUCAUAUUAGUUUAUGUAUCUAGUCAGUCUGACCAAAUCCUAUGUCUUUUGUGACCACUGGUCAGCUUGGAUCUGCUCACAAUUGUCAGGAGGAAACAACACCAUCAUUUUGCUGUUACAUCAUGUUGUAUGUGCCUUAUUGCAUCUGUGAACAUAUCUGUUGUAGUUUGCGUUUUUUGUUAUUUUGUUCAAUGAUUUCAUUGUUAAAUAAUUAUGUACCUUUUGGAGAAAGCAAACUAUCUGAUAGGAAUGAGUCAACAGCACUGUUCAUCUCUCUGUGUCGAUCAGCUUUCAUGGGAGACCAGUAUACAGCACUCGUCAUAGUUGUAUAUGUGUUGUAUCAGAUAGGACAACCCUUCAACAGAGGUCUUAAUCAGGCAUGGACUUGCUUUCUCCAUCAGGUACAUGUGUCACAUGUGACCUUGAGACUAUAGUAAUUACACACAUAUUUAUUAUGUUUUUCUCUCCAUAUAUAUGUGGUCAUAUCAUUGGUAUUUGAUUGGUUUGUACUAGGCCGGAGACAUUUAUAUUUCCCCAUGUGCAUGCGCUGUGUCUUAUAUAUAAGCUGUAUGGUUGAAUAUAUUUUCUUAUGAAAAGUAAUAUAUAAUUUAAGACAGUGAUAGUAUUAGAGCUAUAGAUUGUUACACACAGGCCUGUAUAAAUUAAACAAAUUUGCAGUGUGCUCCGCUUCUUAUCCACAUAUUAUUAACCUGUGUGAAUCAACAUUCGAGUAUAUCCUAUUUUUAUUGGUUGAAUCUUGCAUGUAUAUACAAUUUAUACACUUUGAAGAAAAGUGAUAGCAGGUUUUGAAAUUUCCAUAAAAGCUGUAAAACUAUAACCCUACAUAUAUAGUUCCCUCAUCCACAAAAUACCAUGUUUGACUUCAUACUCGUACCAUGUCUGUGCAGUUUGGAAAAGUUCCUUGUGCUCUAAACUGGUUAUUGUCAUUGCUUUAUACAGACUUCAAUCAUAUCCUUUAUCUCAACCAUUUCUGUUAUAAUUAAGAUAAAGGCAGUUUUGGAUGAGCUGUAACUGUAUCUCAGUCUGACCAAACCAUAAUAUUCAUAGGUUCUUUAAAUUGGACUUUGAAAAAAUAUCUAUGUUUUACAAUCUAAACUUUUCCCUUUUUUGUCUUUAAUUAUUUGAAAUGAAAAAAGAAAUUGAUUAUUUCAUAAACUUUAAAAUUGCCAGAUAAGUAGUGAGAGUGUUUGGAAGAAGAUAUGGCGUUAAUACCAAUAUUGUGUGGAGGGAACACUCACUGUCCCCUCACUAGUACAAUAUUGUGUGGAGGGAACACUCACUGUCCCCUCACUAGUACAAUAUUGUGGGUAGGGAACACUCACUGUCCCCUCACUAGUACAAUAUUGUGGGUAGGGAACACUCACUGUCCCCUCACUAGUACAAUAUUGUGUGGAGGGAACACUCACUGUCCCCUCACUAGUACAAUAUUGUGUGGAGGGAACACUCACUGUCCCCUCACUAGUACAAUAUUGUGUGAAGAGAACACUCACUGUCCCCUCACUAGUACAAUAUUGUGUGGAGGGAACACUCACUGUCCCCUCACUAGUACAAUAUUGUGUGGAGGGAACACUCACUGUCCCCUCACUAGUACAAUAUUGUGGGUAGGGAACACUCACUGUCCCCUCACUAGUACAAUAUUGUGGGUAGGGAACACUCACUAUCCCCUCACUAGUACAAUAUUGUGUGGAGGGAACACUCACUGUCCCCUCACUAGUACAAUAUUGUGUGGAGGGAACACUCACUGUCCCCUCACUAGUACAAUAUUGUGGGUAGGGAACACUCACUGUCCCCUCACUAGUACAAUAUUGUGGGUAGGGAACACUCACUGUCCCCUCACUAGUACAAUAUUGUGUGGAGGGAACACUCACUGUCCCCUCACUAGUACAAUAUUGUGUGGAGGGAACACUCACUGUCCCCUCACUAGUACAAUAUUGUGGGUAGGGAACACUCACUGUCCCCUCACUAGUACAAUAUUAUGUGUCGUUUGACAUUCCACAAGUCAUAUAUCUGCUUUUUGCAUUUCAGAAAUUCAUUUCUAUAUACAGUGUUCUAAUAGUAAAUAAUCAGUAACUUCUCAGUCUCUCAGUCAUCGACCAUACUUUUGUUUAUAAACGAAGUACUUAACUGUGUAUCGGACCCUUACAUAUGGAUAUCUAAAUGACAUAGAAUUUUCUGUAUUAACAUUUAUUCUGCUUUUUGUCAAUAACAUGUGCCAAAAGUUUCUGUUAUACAAUUUUAUAUGUUGAUAUUAAGAACAAGUUAACUGUUUUGUAUGUUGAUGUGAAGGAAGUCCUUCAGGAAUAACAAUGCUGCCUUGGAUUGCCCAAUUGGGAGAUAAAGACAAACAUAAAAAUUGGGAGAUAAAGAUAAAGAUGGUUUCAAUAUCUUUAUCAUUUGUGUUUAUGUAAAAAAAAAAAAAAUCUUAGGAUUUAAUAUGGAUGAAUGACCUUUCAUUUUUUUUUUUUUUUUUCUCCAGGUCUUUAAACCAUGAUAAGAAAACUUAUCUCCCUUUGGUGUGAACUCUUUAAGGUAGUAUUUAUAUGAUAAAAGAAGAUUAUAAGAUACCUGGUAAGGUUGACUGAAUUAGAAACCAUUCAGAUGAUAAUGUUCAAGUGGCUCAGAACCAAUUUGUAAAUAUGUUGUGGUGAUAAAAGAAAUGCCCAACUGAUACUGAGAAAUAGCUAUAUAUUUUGUCAUGUUAUCACAGUAGUGUAUGCUUUAAGGUGAUUUUGGUUUGAUUUUUUUUCUGCACCAACAGUUAUUGGUAUCUUGGAACAUGUUGAGUCUUGAACAUCAGGCAGAUGUGACACUACAUGAACAGAGUGUUAAUUGAACUAGAUUAUGUUCACAGUACUUGUCGGGUAAUGCUUGUAAGAUAUCACCCACUCAUGAAGGCACUAUGAUAUAUAGAUUUUGUAGUUAACAUGUUAAUGUACUUCCAAGUAUGUUAUAAAAUGGCUUCACAUCAAGAAAUGAUUCCAAUAUUUUAAGCAAAAGUGUGUUGAGAGCCAUUAUCUUUCAUAAGAAAUCUCUGAACAUCAGUUAUGUAACACCUAUUUGUACAUUUGUUUUUAGCAUCUGUCCAACGACAUAUCAGUUAUUUCUUUAUGCAUAAUAGGAUUCACAUGUUCCAUUUGAAGAGCAGGAAGGGCACGUAGGGAAUCUCGCCUCACAGCUGAAAUAUCAAAUUCAAAUUCAUGUAUUUUACUUAAAACUUUAAUAUAUAAGAUUUUAUCAAUUGUAACCCGACCAAUACUUUAUGGCACUGUCCUGGCCCCUUGGGCCUUGGCCCCUCCCUCUGCUGUCCCUUGGUUGGGCCUGGGUCCCUCUGCUGCCCUAGUCUGUGUGGCCUAUAGCAGUUUUACUGUAUAUACAUUGACAGCUCUGUACAUGCUUGAUACCACAUGGAUCAUUAGACCCAACUAAUAAAGGAGAGCUUGAUGUUACUCUUCAA